GCCCCCGCUCCCCGUUGGGCUCCCCAGGUGCUAGCCUCCCCGCGCCUCUGGGACCUGGAGUCCGGGCUGCGGAGCCCUGCCCCGGACUCGCUGCCCCCUGCCCUUCCCCCGGCGGCCGCCCUGCGGUCGCUCAUCCUUGACUAGCCCGGGCCGGGCUCUGCUCGCAGCGCUGCGCACGCAUCUGGAGAUGCGGCGGGGGGUGACGGCCGCCCUCGGGGGGGACGCACGAACCGGGCUGGGGAGCUCGAACAGGCCCUCUGGCCUCACGGAGCCAGGAGGCGGGGGACUGGGCUCCGGUGGCGGGGUGCAGUGGGAUCGCAGAGCCAGGAGUCCACCCAUCCCUGGGGCAGCCCACGGGGACCCCCGGGGGGAAGUGGUCUAGUCCAGCUGCGGCCCGAGAGACACGAAGGGAAGGCCGGGCAGACGCGAGUGCGCCGCGCCAAGAAUCCUCGGGAAGAGAAAGGGGUCAAGGAGAAUGCGAGGGUGGGGGUGGGGAGCCCCAGCAAGGAAGGGAAUUAGGAGGCGCCCGGAGGCGUGGCAUGGGCUGGCCACAGGGCCAGGUGGAUAGAAACUGGGGCAAGCCGCGGGCCUGGGGCAGCCUCGACUGGAGUGAGGAAGCGGAGCGCCUGUGUAGACAGUAUUUUCUAAAAGUUCUGUUCAACUGAGGAGAGCAUGUAGAUAGAUGCUGGAGAGGAAUGUGUAAUGGGUUUUAAAGCACCGCGUGUGGUUAGAACACAGGGAUCCGGAGUCCCCAUUCACUAUCUGUGAGCCCUUAGGCAAGUCACUGAACUUCUUAGAGCCUCAGUAAAAUGGGGAUGAAGAUGACAAUACCUGCCUCCCAGGGUUCCCUUGAAGAUGAGAUGAGAUGUGCCUGUAAAAGCGCUUAACACGGCACCUGCUACUUUUCGCUUCUAAUCAUUAGAGCAGCUUGGGCAUACGAGGCCGAUAGGAAGGAGCUGGGAGGCGGUGAAGGCAGAGGAGAGAGAACGGGACCCAAGAACUUGGACAGAGAGAGAAAUCUGGGAUGCCGAACCAAGGGAAGGAGGGAACAGUUGGGGAUGCAGAAAAGUUGGCAGGUUUGGAGUGUAUGGUUAAGGGAGUGGCUUUUGGACAGUCUUUCCAUGAAGCAACCUUCAGAGUCAUUUGCUGAAAGGGCCAGGCCAGGGCUGGCCCGGGUGAAGCUGGAGAACCUGAUCUCCACGGCAGCAGUAUCGCAGGAUGCCCUGCCCUUUUUGCCAGCAACCCCUGGCAGACUCAGCAUCGUUCCAGGGAAGGUGGGCAGUUGAAUUUACUAGACUCAGAGGAUAACAUCUGACCUACCUUGCCCACUUGUGAGGCUCCACUAAAGUUGAUGAAUGUGAAAACACUAUAAGCAUAAUUUACCAUUUUAAUCUUUUUUCCUGAUCUUGAGGAGCUGGAAGGGCUGUGCCAUCAAUAUCAAAGCCUUCUGAGCACUUCACUUGGGCUGUGCACCAUGCCACGCUUUCACCCACAAUCUCAUCUGGUUAUUACGACAGUCAGAAUGACUGGACACUCCUGGAGCCUGCAGUUACCAUCCAGGGGAUUUUUUGCACCACCAAGGGUAAUUCCUGUCUCUUCCCUGCUGUGACUCAGCUGUGACGUCAAACCAUACAAGCCAGCGAGAAGAUAAAGGCAUCAGCUGCCCGCAUAUCAGAGCCGGUGGCCCAGCAGAGAGCACUUCUCCAGCACAGACUUCGCAGGGCUGGGCCCCUGCCCCGAGGAGCUUUGACCAGGCCCCGCACCCCCGGCCCGCCUGGGACCCCGGGAUGGCCUCUGGCUCAGCCAGCAGCCCCCGCCCGGCCCCCGAUGAGAACGAGUUCCCCUUUGGGUGCCCCCCCACCGCCUGCCAGGACCCCCCAGAGCCCGGGCCUCUCUGCACCGUCUGUCUCUCUGAGAAAGUGAGGAAUGAUGAGGAUCGGAUCUGUCCCAAAUGCAAAGGGGAUGACACCCCGUCUGAAAGUCCAGGAAGCCUUCUGUCUCAGGAGAAGGAUCACCCCGAGGUGGCUGAGGCUGGAGUUGGGUGCCCCUUUGCAGGUGUUGGCUGCUCCUUCAAGGGAAGCCCAAAGUUCGUGGAGGAGCAUGAGGUCACCUCCCAGGCCGCCCACCUGAACCUGCUGUUGGGGUUCAUGAAGCAGUGGAAGGCCCAGCUGGGCUCUGGCCUGGGGUACGGGCCCAUGGCCCUGGAACGGAACCUGUCAGACCUGCAGCUGCAGGGGGCCGUGGAGGUGGCUGGGGACCUGGAGGUGGACUGCUACCGGGCCCCCUGCUCCGAGAGCCAGGACGACCUGGCCCUGCAUCACUUCAUGAAGGAGAAGCUCCUGACCGAGCUGGAAGGGAAGCUGUGCGUGUUCGAGAACAUUGUCGCCGUCCUCAACAAGGAGGUGGAGGCCUCCCACCUGGCCCUGGCCGCCUCCAUUCACCAGAGCCAGCUGGACCGCGAACACAUCCUGAGCCUGGAGCAGAGGGUUCUGGAGUUGCAGCAGACCCUGGCCCAGAAGGACCAGGCCUUGGGCAAGCUGGAGCAGAGCCUGCGCCUCGUGGAGGAGGCCUCCUACGACGGCAGCUUCCUCUGGAAGAUCACCAACGUCGCCCGGCGGUGUCACGAGUCGGCCUGUGGCAGGACCGCCAGCCUCUUCUCCCCAGCUUUCUACACCGCCAAGUAUGGAUACAAGCUGUGCCUGCGGCUGUACCUGAAUGGGGAUGGGACGGGGAAGAGGACCCACCUGUCCCUCUUCAUCGUGAUCAUGAGAGGGGAGUACGAUGCUCUGCUGCCAUGGCCUUUCAGGAACAAGGUCACCUUCAUGCUGCUGGACCAGAACAACCGUGAACACGCCAUCGACGCCUUCCGGCCCGACCUGAACUCCGCUUCCUUCCAGCGGCCCCAGAGCGAGACCAACGUGGCCAGCGGCUGCCCGCUCUUCUUCCCCCUCAACAAGCUGCAGUCGCCCAAGCAUGCCUACGUGAAGGACGACACCAUGUUCCUCAAGUGCAUCGUGGAGACUAACACUUAGAGCUGGCGGGCCGAGCCAUCCACGCCCAAGUCCUCGGGGAGACCAGCUCGGAAGAGGGCUCAGCACAAUGACCGAGGUCCCGGCCCGCAUGCUCAGGACCCCAGGGCAUGAUGAUGGGCCGGGGCUGGCACCACCUGAGCCAGGCUGACAGAUUGGCCGGGACUUGCCGUCAACUUAGUGGCGGGACCCUGGGGCCGACCCAUGAAGGUGGAAGGUCCAGAGGGAGGUGGUGCGGGACUGACCCCCCAGCACUCACCACGCAAAACUGGAGGCCAGAGAGCCACCCCAGCCCUGAACGUGGAGAUGGACUCUGGCCAAGAGCGGGAGGGUGUGGGGACCAGGCUGGGGCAUGGAUGCUGAGCUGGAGAUGCGGGACCUCAGCCAAGGGCUCCAGGGAUGGGGAGGCCUCUGCGGGUCACCAUGGAGACCAUGCUUGCUCUCUUCCUGCUCGGGGGUCAGAACCGGAACCAAGGGUGGAAGGGACAGAGCCCAGUGUAAUUCAAUCUGUCCCGGGCUGGACUGAGUUCCCCAGCACUGGAGGUGAACAAGCAACCACAGAGGGCUACGCUUUGGGGAGGGCAUCAAACGGGGGGUGGAUUUGAAGACCUUCAAGGUUCCUUCCAAGCCCAGAAAGUCUCUAACUCUCGGCCCCCUGGGCCAGCUGAGGCCAUGGGCUGCAGCGUUCAGGAGCCCCAUGCCCUCCAGUGUCCUGACUCACCUUCAGCACCUUGAGGUGGGCGAGCUGGCCCUCAUGGCACUGCCCCUCCUGGGCCUGGCAGUCGGCUUCCCCUCUAUGCAGAGCCACACGCAGGCCCUGUGUCCUGCGCCUCCCCCAGCAAAAGGCCCCUCUGCCUCCUCCAGGUGAAACCGGGGCUCUGAGCUCCCAGGAGCAGCAGGUCGGAGCGUGGAGAAGGAGAGGGACCCACACUCCCUGUGCUGCCUGCCUGGGGGCCCCACCCUCGGCCACGUCCAGAAUCCCAUGUCACCCGCUGAAGCCAGGUAACCACAUCUCUAGUUGACAGGUCAGGACCUCUGAGCCACCCACAGAUGCUGUCCUUUUGUGUGUAUAAAACCAGAGAAAGAACUGUU